AUGUCAUCUACAAGGAAUGCUGACGCCAUUGCAGAGGUCUUCUACCGCUACGAUACAAACCACACUGGUAAACUCGAGCGUGAGAAGCUCAGAUCUGCUAUUUUAGACCUUAACGGCCGCCAAAUUGAUGAUGAUGAAUUAAAUCACAUUUAUGAACUCUUGGAAGGCAAGGAUGGUUAUAUUACCCUUGACAAUUUUGUUAAAGUUAACGAGCAAUUCUUCAAAUAUUGCUAA